AUGAUUAUGAGAGCGUUUUGUUUGAGCUGGCUUUCUCUUGCUCUACUCUUCUGCCUUUUAUACGAGAGUUGUAUUAGCCUGGGAGAUACAGAACAUGCUAGCUCACCACCAAGGGGUUGGAACUCUUACGAUUCCUUUUGCUGGAUAAUUUCCGAAGACGAAUUCCUUCGAAACGCCCAACUCGUCGCCCAACACCUCAAAGAUCAUGGGUACGAGUAUGUGGUGGUGGAUUACCUUUGGUAUAGGAGGAAAGUGCAAGGGGCUCAUGUUGAUUCUCUUGGAUUCGAUGUUAUCGACGAAUGGGGAAGGAUGGUGCCCGAUCCCGGUCGAUGGCCUUCAUCCAAAGAUGGAAUUGGGUUCGCGAAAGUUGCUGAGAAAGUUCAUGGCAUGGGUUUGAAAUUUGGGAUUCAUGUCAUGAGAGGUGUAAGUACUCAGGCAUACAAUGCAAACACGCCUAUCCUUGAUGUUACCACGGGCAAAGCUUAUGAAGAAGAUGGCCGGAAGUGGUCUGCAAAGGACAUUGGAAUGAAAGAGAGAGCUUGUGCAUGGAUGAAAAACGGUUUCAUGAGUGUGAAUACCAAAUUGGGAGCUGGACGAGCUUUCUUAAGGUCACUCUAUCAACAAUAUGCCGAGUGGGGUGUUGAUUUUGUUAAACACGACUGUGUAUUUGGUGAGGAUUUGGACCUAGAAGAGAUAAGAUACGUUUCGCGGAUCUUGACGGAACUCAACCACUCGAUCUUGUAUUCUUUGUCCCCUGGAACUAGUGUGACACCAGCCAUGGCACGUGAUGUUAGUGAUCUUGUCAACAUGUACCGAAUUACAGGGGACGACUGGGAUACAUGGGGAGAUGUUGCGGCCCAUUUUGAUAUUUCACGGGAUUUUGCAGCUUCUAAUAUGGUUGGGGCAAAAGGACUGCGUGGAAAAUCGUGGCCAGACUUGGACAUGCUUCCACUGGGCUCGCUUACAGAUCCAGGUUCAAAUGAAGGUCCUCAUAGGAAAUGUAAACUUAACCUGGAUGAGCAAAGAACCCAGGUGACAUUGUGGGCCAUGGCCAAGUCCCCUCUCAUGUUCGGAGGUGAUAUGAGAAACCUUGACCAAUCGACAUUAAGUAUAAUCACAAACCCUACUCUCUUAGAGAUAAACUCCUUCAGCUUGGACAAUAAGGAGUUCCCCUAUAUUUCAAUCCCGAAAUCAAGAAAAAGGCAAAAAUCCAAUGUGAAGGAGCCCAUUGAAUUCAGGCUUACUAGCUGCCGAGAUAUCAAGGCCAAAGGCUGGUCUGAUGGGGCCAUUGAUGGCGAUGAUCAAGAACAAGUGUGCUGGAAAAAGGAGUCAAGAAAAGGAUAUCAACAGCCGUUCUGCCUUUACAAAAGAACAGCGCCUGUUUUAGAUGACGACCUGGCCUACCGACGUAAUUGUAAUCACAAAAUUCACUUAUUUAAUACAAAAACAACGGAAAUUUGCCUUGGUGCCUCUGCAAAUCAACGACUGACUUCCCAAGAAUUAAAAAGGGGUUCGUUUUCAUAUUGCAGUUGGCAUGCCAACCAGAUAUGGGAGCUGAAACAUAGUGGCACCUUGCUGAACAGCUAUUCUGGUUUAUGUGCAUCUAUUAGAACAGGAAAAGCUAAUUCUGAUUCUGCCAGAAGCCGUGCUUGGGUUGCUACUGGAAGAAGAGGAGAAAUUUAUGCAGCAAUUUUCAAUUUGGACACCCAAAAGGCUGAGAUAUCAAUGAGGAUAAGUGACUUGAGGAAGGCUCUUCCUGGUAAAGAUUUCGAGCGUGCUUCAUGCAAGUGCAAAGAAGAAUGGACUGCGAAAGACUUUGGAGUCGUAAAUGACUCAAUUUCGACACAAGUGGAAACCCAUGGGGUUGCUCUUUUCAUCCUCAAUUGUACUUUUAGCUAA